UGCAGGAGUCACACUUCACAGCCAGCAAAGAGGAAAUGUCCCCGCUCCAUCCUUCUCUGGGCUUUCCUCAUUCCUCACGUCGGGUAUAUAAAAGCCACUGCCAGCAGCUGUGACCGUGGGCAGCUCCACUGUGACAUCAAAGGGUCCAGGAGGGACAAGACGGGGUUUCCAUCUGGGACACAGGCUGUGAAGGCAGGUGCUCCUGGAGCUGGGACCCACGGCAGUGCUGCAGCAGGAGCCUCUUCUCCUUUCUUUGCAAACACCUUUCCGUGCAUAAACAAACACUUUCCAGCCUGCAUUGUCACCCCGAGAAGCCGAGUUUGGGCAGGAACAGGAGGUCCUUGAAGAUGCUGGGUCAGGAGAUGCCACACUUCUGGUGUCUUAUCCUUUUUGUGGGCCUCCUGCCCUCCUCCCAGGGCCUCCUCAACCUGCUGAACCCAAAGCAAGCCGCAGGUGGUCUGCUUGGUCUCAUUGGUGGAAAAGGCGGAUUGCUUGGCACAGGUGCUCUUGGUGAAGGUGGGCUGCUUGGCACCGGCCUCCUGGCCAAGGGAAGUCCAAGUGGAGCAGAAAGCGGAGGUCCCCUUGAAGCAGGAAAUGAGCCCAGCAGAUCUGGGGUCCUUGGCACAGGCCUCCUAGGAGGACAACCUGGCAGCAGCGGUCUGCUUGGCACAGGCAUCCUCGGUGGGAAAGGCCCUGGCACAGGCAUCCUUGGUGGAGAAGGACUUGGCACAGGCAUCCUUGGUGGGGAAGGCCUUGGCACAGGCAUUCUUGGUGGGGAAGGCCUUGGCACAGGCAUUCUUGGUGGGGAAGGCCUUGGCACAGGCAUUCUUGGUGGGGAAGGCCUUGGCACAGGCAUUCUUGGUGGGGAAGGCCUUGGCAAUGGCCUCCUCGGCAAUGGCCUCCUCGGCAAUAACAGCCUUCUUGGAGAUAAAGGUCUGCUUGGCACAGGGCUGCUUGGGAAAGGAGGUCUCCUAGGCAAUGGAAGUCUACUUGGUCUUGAUGGUCUUCUGGGUGAAGCAGGAGGAAUUCUGGGUGCAGGAGGCCUGCUGGGUGGUGGAACCUCUGAGAAGAUAUCAUUCUAUGCCUGGUUGAAGGUGCUGAACCUCGAGAAUGCCCGAGUGUCGUGGAAGGUCCUUCAUGGGACUGAGCUGGUGCUGAACCUGUACUCGAAGCUGGUGCUCCGCUUUCCAGGGAUUUUUAAGUUCCUGAGUGGAUCCUCGGUAGAAACCAACAUCACGUCACACAUCGCCGUGACCCAGGACAGCCCCGGGGACCUCAAGCUGGUGAUUAAGGAUUGCAACAACAUGCUCGGCGGCUUCAGCGUCAACCUGCAGAAGGGCCUCCUCACCAACCUGGUGAGCAACUUGCUGAACUCUACUCUCAAGUCCCUUGUCCCUGCGCUGCUCUGCCCGUUAGUGAACAUCUGGGUCGGCAUCAUCAACAUGAAACUACAAUUCCUCAACCGCGUCGUCUCCUUCGGGCUUCUGGGGAAAAUCUACUCUGCCCUCUCCAAACUGCCGGUGACGUCCGAGCAUUCUGUGGAGCUGGAUCUGCAGAAUUCCCCAUUCCCGAGCACCUUCAUCGACUGGCUCCUCCAGACCGCAGGUGUCAAUCCCGGGAGCAAUCCAUAGCCUCAGGCUGGAAGUACGUGGGGUGCCUCCACAGGCGAUUCCUGAGGAGGAGGAGGAGGGAAAGGAGGAAGAUGAUACGUGGAGAAUAGACAUGAAAAUGGAGAAAACCCACCAAAACCCCACAUUUUCCUCUGCUCUACAUUUCAGACUUCUCAGACUUUGGUGUCUUUUUACAGCCCAGGGUUAUCUGUGCCAAUGAUCAGCCAUGUCAGUGGUUAGCUGUGUCUGUGGUUAGCCAUGCUGGUGACUACAGAGGCAGGAGCCCCAGAUCUUGCCUCUGUGCUCUGCUCGUUCUCACGGCCACAAGGCACUUGUUAUGGCACUCACUGAUGAAGGGAACACCUUCACCCCUUGUUUCUUCCUCACGCCCACCCCACCUUCACUGGGGCUGGGGUUUGGGCCAGGUAAUGGCUCAGCACAGAGGGGAUAUUCCAGGUGCUGGAUGCAGACAGCUGGGCUGAAGGCAGGGGUUUGGUCCCCUCACAGCCACCCCUCAGGAAUUUCAGGAGUUUGCACCAACUGCACCAAACCCCCAAGAAGGGAAGGCUGAAAAGGGAUGAACCCGAACCUAAAAGCUGUAAACGCUUUGUCUUUGCUCUCCUUCUGCUUCUUGAUUAGCUUACCAUUUCAAAAGGGAAUUUUGCUGUUUCCAGUGAUUUCAAGAGGCAAAAAGGCCCCCAGUCUAAUCCAGGCGCACACUCAGCCGAUUUGUUCCCAAACAGCGACGCUUUGAACUGAUCAGAGCAAGUGCUAUCCUGCCUUGUAAUCUCCGAGUGGAUUUGGAUGUGCUGCAUUGUGGAUGAGGUGGAUUUGAGGCUGAUUCACACCCUUCUGUUACUCCUUACAAUAAAAAGGACUUUUCUUCAUCUGCAUUCAGCA